AUGUCUUUAACUUCUCAUCAAACACUUGUGUUUCUUUGGGUUUUCCUUCUCGCUACUGUUUCUUUCCUCGCAACCCCAUCCGCCUCUGCAAUUAACUCCUUCGUCUUCGGCGGCUGUUCCCAGCAAAAAUACCUCCCGGGUUCGCCUUACGAGUCCGGAGUCAACUCGCUCCUCACCUCCCUGGUCAACUCGGCCAUGUUCACCACCUACAACAACUUCACCAUCCCCGGCUCCUCCUCCCAGGACACCGUCUACGGCCUCUUCCAAUGCCGCGGCGACCUCAGCAACAAUGACUGCGCCCAGUGCGUCGCCCGCUCGGUGAGUCAACUCGGUAGCCUAUGCCUAAACUCGUGCGGUGGCGCGUUGCAGCUCGAGGGCUGCUUUAUCAAGUACGACAAUUCGACGUUCUUGGGGGUGGAGGACAAGACCGUGGUGAUCAAGAAAUGUGGGCAGUCGAUUGGGUUUGACUCGGACGUGUUGACCAGGCGCGAUGCCGUGCUGGGGUAUCUUGGGACCGGAGACGGGACCUACAGGCCGUACAGGGUGAGUGGCUCCGGGAAUGUCCAGGGUGUGGCGCAGUGUGUUGGGGACUUGAGUCCGAGCGAGUGCCAGGAUUGUCUGUCGGAGGCCAUCGCGCAGCUCAAAUCAGGCUGUGGGCCCAGCGCGUGGGGGGACAUGUUCUUGGCUAAGUGCUACGCGCGGUAUUCGCAACCUGGCUACCACUCCUCCAACGGCGGUCGUGAUGAUCCCAACGAUGAUGAUGAUGAUGAUGAUAAUGAUGAGCUCGAGAAGACACUUGCAAUAUUGAUUGGAGUCAUAGCAGGGGUUGCACUGCUCGUCGUGUUUCUUUCUUACUUCAGAAAGUAUUUGUGCGAGGAAAAAUGUACAGUGGUAAAUAAAUUACAGAUUGUGGAUGGAUUUGAAUUACAGCAGCUGUUUCUUUCUACCCCUGCUGCCAGAAACCCCAUUUCAAUGAUGUUCACUCUAAAACCGAUACGCCGCGGCUGCAGAGGCCAUCAUGGUCCUGCUCCUGACGCUCCCGGGCCUCGACGGCCUCCGCAAGGGCCUCGUCGCCGUCACCCGCAAUCUCCUGAAACCGUUUCUGUCGGUGGUGCCGUUUUGCCUCUUCUUGCUGAUGGACAUCUACUGGAAGUACGAGACUCGGCCGAGUUGCGAGGGCGACUCGUGCACUCCCUCCGAGCACCUCCGCCACCAGAAGUCGAUCAUGAAGAGCCAGCGCAAUGCGCUCUUGAUCGCCGCCGCCUUGAUCUUCUACUGGCUUCUCUACACCGUCACCCACCUCGUCAUCCGCAUCGAGCAUUUGAACCAGCGCGUCGAACGCUUGAAGAAUCGCGACUGAGUCCACUCGAUAAGUUUUUAGUUGCUGUCAUUGUACAUUGUAUUGAUCUUGUAAACCUGGAGCUUAGAGGUAAUCCUCUCCAUUUGUACAGAGUUGGAGAAGGUCGGUUUCGCUGCGGCUUGUCCGGAAAGUUGAAAGCCAUUCUUUUCAAAAUAACAUUGGUUAUGCUCUUAGCUAUCGUGGCUUGGUCUGGAUUAAUAUUUGGAACAGGUUAUGCUCUUAGAUAUCCAGGUUUGGCCUGUAUUGGAGGAGGAAGGCUAGUUAGACAUCACAGGAAUGCGGAUUGCAGAUCACUGUUGGCUGUGGUGGCUAACCCAAAGUUCAACAUGGAUGCUUUGCUAAUUUUGCUCACCUUGACAAUGAUAAUGAGGUCGAAAUAUCCUGCGAAUUCUUAUCGACCUAGACCUUAUCUGCGUGUUGGGGUGAGUGGUGGACCUAUUAAGGCGUAA